CUGAAUAAUAAAAAAAUUAUAGCCUUUAAAUUUUUUCCGACUUUUCAACUUUAACACCCUUUAUGUCGGAAACGAGUAACAUUUUAUCUAAGCAUGUUUUGUUUAAUCGUCUAAUUUUUAAUCAGAAAAUGUUCAGUUGUUCUAUGUCCCAUUCUUAAUUAAACACCCUGUACAAUUGAAGGAGUAAUUCAAUUUUAUGUAAAAUCUCACGUACGCCACUGAAGUUGUCAUGGGUCACGUCAUAAGCAGGCAACCAACAAAUACGUUAUUGCCAAAUAAUAUUGUUUACAACUUGUUCAAAACUAACAAGCAUUUAUUACCACAUGCUACUCUAUGAUCCAUUUCCGUCUUGAAGCAGAAAUUAGGAAACUAAGACCAGAUACAGUUGUUACUGAUCAAGAUUACGAUACUAGGCUAAAGAGUGGCAAAAGGAAUAUAAAGGUAUUAAAAGACAGGCUUGAAAACGCUAUUAAAAGAUUUUGUGCUCUGUUGGCUGAAAAUAAAAGGCUUAGAGAAGAAAUCGACCAUCUGCUAAAAGAGAGAGCUCGUUACAACGUAAUUUGGGAGAAGAUGCUGAAAGAGAUGCAAAUAAGAAAAAAAUAUAUGAUAGAAUUGAUAGAACAAGCAACAGUAGCCUUUGAUCAAAGAGAAGAAUGGUGUUCCAAACUUGCUGCGCUUAAAAAAAGGGCCCAGGGCGACUAUCUGGCCCAUACUGAGGAAAUGAGAGAAAUUCAAAGAAAACUGGACCACGAUUUUACAUUAAGAGAAUUUCUAAGCGUCAAGGGCCAAAAACGUGUGCUCAAAGAUUUAGAGGAAAAGGACAAAAAGAAAAAAGAAAGUCAGGUCCAAAAUCUGGAAAACCAAAUUAUUCAAUUAGAAAAUACUAUGGAUCAAAUACAGAAAUUUUGUGGAGAGGAUGAUGUAUCUAAAAUAGCGACAUUAUAUUUGAAACAAGAAGAAGAAAAUUUCGCCCUGUUCAACUAUGUGAAUGAAUUAAAUCAUGAAAUAGAAUUAUUGGGCGAAGCUCUGAGUGAGAUACAACAAAAAAUAGAUGAACAAAUUGAGUUGGCCAAAUUGAAAGCUCAAGAACGUCAAAAAACUUUGGAUUUGUUAAAAUCUGAAUUAGAAACAGUAACAAAACAGAGAAUCGAAGAUGAAGAACAAGUUAGACUAACAGAACUGAAGUUAACAUCAGUAUUACUUGGAAUUGAAGAAGUAUUUGACUUAUUGAAGUGCGAUAGAGGACCAAUUUUAGGAUUACUAGGUAAUAAUGCUGCCAUAAACUUGUUUAAUGUCAAAAUCUAUUUGGGAACAAUUGAAAAGAAAAUAUCCGGAUUAAUAACCAGACUAUAUUUUGCAGAAAAAGCGAUGAUGACUCAAUUUAAAAAAUUUCAUCGUGGUAACUUCGUUCCAGCUAUUAAUUAAUUUGAUUCUAUAUAAAAAUACUGAAGUGGAAUUUCUUUUGAAACGAAAAUAUAAAAUGUUAAAAAUAUGGUUUGAAUAGAAAUUACUCUUUUAUUUCUUCGAUAUUUAAAUUGCAUAAUAAACCGCUAUUUAUUGAAAGCCGAGUUAGAUUCGAAUCUUGUAUUGGAAUUAACAAUUCGCACUGCGGAUAAUUUUGAAAAAUUUAUUUGGGGAUUUCCAAAGAAUAUUAUGUAUAUAAUUUUUUUU